AUGUCGGACGCGAUUGAAAAACUGAGUGUCCGUGACACGGUGGAGCCGUUUGCUUAUCCCGUCAGUCUUGAGGCCUUCCCGGAUUAUGCGGCCAACAUUGACUAUCCAGUAGAUUUGGAUACGAUCGCUAAUCGCUUAAGAAGCGGAUUCUACAGGAGACUGAAAUCACUGCACCAGGAUAUUCGCCAUAUUGCAAUAGCAGCAGAGCAAUUCAAUGAGCCGACAAGCGCUAUUGUACGGAAUUCUCGAGUUGUUGUGGAAACACUUAUUCGUUUUUCACGGUGA